AUGGGUUUAGCACUUUACAACACCCCAGAUGCCCUAGACCUCUCCCAGCGGUACCUGUCUCACGGCCCCUCGCAGGUCAGCAGGCCGCGCCCCCGCGCCCACUACAACGGCGCCUACUACCACCCGGACGGCUCCAUCGUCCUCCACCGGGAGCUCGCCGACCUCAAGCUCCCCCUCCUCGACCUCGUCCUCCUCGCCAACCACCAGGCCAAGACACAACGGCACCGGAGGUCGCACCGGCGCCAGACGAGCCGCCUCACGCGCCAAUGGUGCAACGAUGAGGCCGACGAGGGCCGCGCCCUGGCCCGGGUCCGGGCCCUGGCCCCGGCCCUGCCCGGCGGCCACAGACCGCCGCCAUCCGGCGAGCAGCAGCGCCGCCGCACGCCGUCCCUCGAGAGACAGGAGGCGUUCCGAGAUGCCCGGACCGCGAAAUCCAUCCGAUACCCGCAGGACGCGCACGACAUCUCGGAACUGUAUCGCCUGGGCCUUUUGUACGACGACGAGCACCUCCGCGGUCCCGGCUUCGACUUUGAUGCCAUUGGCCGCAGCGAGCCCGAAUACACGAUCCGCCCGGCCAAGCCGGCGCGCAAGACCAAACGUUCCCGCGUUCCGCGCGAUGAUGACCUGCAGCUCGCACUGGACCUCUCCCUCGCCGAGCUCGGCCGCGACGACUCCUUUGCCCAGUUUCUCGGUUCGCCGGAGUUCGAGGACUCCUCAUCCGACGAUGAACCAAGCACCGGCAACGACAACAGCAACAGCAACAGCAACAGCAACAGCAACAGCAACAGCGGUUACGGCGCCCGGCUCGCACCCCUGCAUCUCGUCGCGGAACUGAUGCAACCCCCCGAAGAUUUCUCCCCCGAAGGUUUCGGCGACGACACCACCCCCGACAUGACGACGGACUCCGAUGGGGACUCCGAGUCCGUUUCUUCUUCUUCGAACGGGAGCACAAGUAGCCCACGCCGUCCAAGGACAAGACGAGGCAGAAGUCAUGUAUAUGGGUUGGAUGAUGAUAUCGACGGUGCAUGGAAGAUGCUGAACGACGGCUUAUAG